AACGGACGCGUGGGGAGGAAAGAAAAAAAACUCUUCUGUGUCCAACUUCCACUGCACAGGAAGUCAGAAGAAAAGUGCUCACAUUUCUCAGUAGUUCCAUUAAGGGCCAAGUAAAGUUGGAAAUCAGUCCAUAAACUAACUGACACACUUUUGACUUGACUUGACUUUGGUCCUUUGACGGCUCUGUGACCUAUAAAUCAGCGGUGGUCAGAGCAGCUCGUCGGGGUUUGCUGACUUCCACCCGAGGGGACUUCACUGUCAGCCCGGGCAAGACCGCCACGCCAGCACCAGCUGCACCGCCUCCAUCACCAGUGGUCUCUGCAAACCGCCCCCAGCAACGAACUAACAUGGCUCCUUUUGAGAAAUCCAUAGAGAUGAUGCCCUUCAAGCAGAGGAAAUGCCUCGAAACAAGAAAAGAUGAAGUGUGCAGCAUUCGGACUAAAUUCCCCAACAAACUGCCUGUGAUUGUUGAACGUUACAUACGCGAAAAGACCCUCCCCCUGUUGGACAAAACAAAAUUCCUGGUUCCCUUCGAGCUCACCUUGGGUCAGUUCCUGUGCCUGCUCAGGAAUAAGAUUUCCCUGGACUCCACCCAGGCUCUGUUCCUCCUGGUAGCGGAGAAAAGCAUGUCCUGCAUGUCCUCCAGCAUGGGGGAGGUUUAUUCCCGCUACAGGGACGCUGAUGGCUUCCUCUACAUCACCUACGCCUCGCAAGAGAUGUUUGGAGCACCUCAACCCGCAGCCACACCGCCCUGCUGAGCCCAGUGCAGAUAAAAUGAACUGAACCCUGGACUGACGGUGGUCACAGCAUGCAGCCAAACUGGGGAAAAAAAAGGACAAACUGAGCCAAACCCAGAAUGUUUCGUCGAGAUCUUUAAAUCCCAAACGUGCGUAUCAACCUACCUCAUGAAGCUUACUGGAUGUUGAAACACAGCGAGUCACUCCAUCACCCCUUUGCCGUGCUCUGCCACCUCAGUUAUGUGGAGACUCUGAUUAUGUCUUUGUUGUAGACUGAUUGAUUGAUUGUUUGAUUGCCUUAUUGGGGGAUUUAUCACUGGUAGGAGACAUUUUUGUCUUCUGAUGAUGAUCAAGAAGAUCCAACAGGAGAAGACUGUUGUGAUUAUUCUCUGUUGCUUCAAAAUAAUAAAGAGCAUCCAAAAAAUAUGAAUUCUGACUGUGAAGAAAUGCACAAAUGCUGAGCUUCAAUGCAAAUAAACCUGUAAUGUCAGUCCAGUGUAAAAACCGCCAGCACACGGCACAAACAGGAUCAGUGUCUUGCAGGAAAUCAGACUCCCUCUGAGCACUUACCUCCUUUUCUGCCCUUGAUUGACUGCCUCUUCAUCUACGUCUUCCCUUUAAAAAUGUGAAAUUGUGACUCUUGAGGCGCUUGCUUAAAACACAGAUGUCAAUUUUAAUGCUGCUCUGACUUGUCCUGUAUCCAGUUGUUGGUAUACCAAGAAAUAAAUUCUUG